AUGCCCAAGCGACGCUUGUCUAGCGACUCUAAGGACGAUGCGCCGCGCAAGAUACGCAAGUUCAGCAAUCAACAGAUGGAGCACCGUGGCAACCUCGAGGGGACUGUUUCUAGUCUGAGAAGAUGCAGUCUAUCACAACUAUCAAAUGAGUUCGAGCCCAAAACUCAGCUACUGACACCAGAGAGAGACUUGCGGUCCAGAGACGACGAGCCCACCAGCCUUGACGAGGAUUUCAGCUCAGCAAGAGCUGAUACGGACAACUCUGUAGACGAAUCCAGUGAUGAUUCUGAUCUUGAGGAAAGCUUAAAGAGCCCACGCCCAGAGAGUUUACAAGAAAUGAUCGAUGAAAUCAAAAAACUCAAGGAGAUCAUCAAUUCGAAGACCUUUAUGAUGAAGCAUUGGAGAGAUUCGGCCAUGCUUCUUGACAAGGAGGUGGAAGCCUUAAAGGCCAAAUUGGAAGCAGUCGACAAGGAGCCUGCCCAAGCCUGA